AUGCUGUCCUUAAAUAUGUCUAAUGAUGGUGGUGUCGAGGUUGAUGAUGACGCAAGUAUUCGUCGUAAGAAUGUUGAACAAGAUGAGAAGGAGCCAAUGGAUAAAUCUGUUCCAGAAAUCAUGGAUAAUGCUGCAGAUGAUUCAAACAACAUUCGUACAAGUGAUUGUCAUCUAUCGGUCCAUCAAAGUGUUCAAACAGAAAGCAGUCACGUUUCACUCCAUACGGAAGUAAUCAAGGGGAAAGGUGUAUCACAGAGUCGGGAGAAAAAUAUACCACGAAGAAGAAAGAGUUUUGAAACAGAGAUAAAUGGGCACUUCAAGGAAAUAAUGGAAUUCCGUCGUGUUCAAGCGACAGAAGCAAAAGAGCGUAGAGAAAAGAAUGAAGCUCAACCAUACAAAGAGGCAUAUGGAAUUUUCCAAUCAGUUCAAGGUCUAACAAAAUGGACAUAUGUUUGGUGGGCUUGUGUCAAAGUACUAAAAGAGGAUCCGUUUGCCCGAGAAAUGAUGAGGGUUAUACUGGAUAUGAUCGUUUACGGAAGCUACAUUGGAAAUUGUUUCAAGACUUUGCAAAGUUGCAAUGGUGAUUCUUCAAGUGUCAACCUAAAGCAAAACAUCAGAAACAUAGAAGGGGGAAUCAUAGAGAAUUUGGCCAUACGAUUAAAUGAACUGUAUUUUAGGGGUUUAGAAAAUCUUACAGAAGAAGAGUUGCUAGAGUUGUACGAACUAGAAGACGAAGAGUUCAUGAAUAUGAUCAUGCAACCUCUGCUGGAGUAUUACCAAAGUUAUUUUUUCAAGCAACCAAUGACGUUUGAACAGGGAAUCGGUUGGCUAAACCUCGAAAAUCAGAUUCAAUGUCUAGUACGUUGCAUGAGCAUGUUACUGCAGCGGCGUCACCACUUACGGAGUACCGAUCAUAUCAGUGUUGAUGAGAUGGUGGCGAUGUUUCUCGUUACAUGUGCACAAAAUGAUACACAACGUUAUGUUGGGUUGUCGUUUGGUCGUUUCCAAGAGACUGUCUACCGAAAGGCACUUGACGGGACACAUGUCAGAGUAAAAGCUGGAGGUUCUGAUGCUGUUGGGUAUUGGGAUAGGCAUGGACAAACAAGCCUAAACAUAAUAAGCAUAUGUGAUAUAAACAUGGUCUUCAAUCGGACGUGUAAGUGUGAAAGCGUGAUUGCGUACGUUGAGGAGAAUCAAGCCGCUGCCUUAGAGAGAAAGAGAAGGAGAUACUGUUCACCAUUGGUGAUGUUUCAGUCCGUAGUUGUGGUGGUGACGCCUAAGCAUUAG